CCGGACAGUGAUCACAUUCUGACCGAGUGGAAAACGGUUCAUGAAUCUCGUCGCGUCACCACGAUCGAACGAACCUAUGAUGCUCCUAUUCAGGUAGCCGCUUACGUCGGCGCGUACAACUGUACCAGACCUCCCGGGGCGAAACAAAUAAAACACGGUAUGCUUGUCUACGCCUAUGCGGAUGGCUUUCCCGCCGAUCGAAUUGUUCUCGGUCCCAGUGAUUUGGAACACUUUUGGCUCGUAUGGUGUGAUCGCGUGCACGCCUACUAUUCUCAGGUUAGUGCCCCAUAA